AUGCACGAAAAAGGAUAACCUUCUCUUCCUUCAUUACAUAUAGCUACUAAUCCAAAUAUGAAUUCUACCAAAAGAAUACAUGCAAGAAUGAUAAUAGAACCAAAUGUUAAGGACCUUAUAUCAUUACCUAGAGCACAGCAACUGGGAUCAUAUAAUCAAUAAUUUAGAAGAGUUCCUUUAAAAUUGAAUCCGAAAGUAGUACAAGCCUUUUCACCAUAUUAAAGUUAUUCAAUCAUUGUAAUUGUUGAGAUAAUAUAAAGAGUUUUAGUGAUUUUCUUUAUGAAAAACAUAAAAAAGAAAAAUAGCUUUAAAAAUUAAAGGAAAAGAAAUAGUUGGAAAAAUUAAAGGAUAUCUAACACAAAGAAAAAAUUAAAUAUUUUUAAUAAGAAGAUGAAAACAAUGAGGAUAUAAUUGACACUAUUAUGGAGAAGGUUAGAAUAGAAUUAGGAUAACAAAUAUAAUCUAAUUUCAUAACAAAUUGA